AUUACAGAAAUCGAAAUUGAAGAUGGUGUAGAAUAGUGAAGAAAGAUCAGAAGCCUAGUCUGAUACCAUGUGAAAGUUUGAGCUCAAGAAUCAAACAAGAAGAAGAAGAAAUCGUAUAUUCAGAGUAGGUUUGCGGAAGAAGAAAGAAGGCAAAUGUUCAAAUACCUAAUUUACAAAUAUUCAAUCUAAUUUAUACUCCGUACUUGAUACAAAUGAGCGUGUUACUAUAUAAACAAUAAGCCCAUAAAGGAAAGAAGUCCAAUUAGGAAAUAAUAUCUACAGCCCAUAAGAUUUAUUCUUGAUAUCUAAUACUCCCUCCGUCCUCUUAUAAUUGUCCCAUUUUUCCAUUGUGGGAUAUCCCACUAUUAUUGUCACAUACGGACAAUAAUUGAUUAUAUUUGUGUGACUCUAAUUCAUUUUGAUUACAUUUGUGUGACUCUAAUUCAUUUUUACUUUAUUCUCACUUUAUCAAAUUAUUUGUCAAAUUGAGUAUAGAGUAGAAAGUACAAAUUAAUAUUUAUUACAAAAUCAAAAUAAAAGAAGUAAUAAAUCAUAAUUGCUGAAGCAAAAACCUAUGCAAAGCACCACACCAAAAACAUUUUUAUCUUACUUUUCUAGGACCGAAAAUAAUACGAACACUUUUCUAUAUGCAAAUGUAAGGCUUAGCAAUAUGAUGCAGAUGACAACUCUCCACAUCUUUAUAAUUGAUGAUAGUAGCAAUUAAUAAAUAAAUAAAAACACACUGACAUACACACAGCUGUCCCUCACGAACUGAUGACAAAAUAACCCAAGUACAUUCCCAAUAAUACCCUCAGGAUCCAACCGCCGACAAUAACAGAGCCCCCAUUCUUGUCGCUGGCCGUAUCAUCCGCCGCGUCAUCGUCGUCCGAGCUCGGCCCCGGCGAGUCUGCCCCGUCCUCACCGGCACCGGGUUUGCUUGCGCCGGCGCUCUUCUUCUUCUUCGCCGCCGCCUUGGGUGCCGGAGCUUCCGCAACCGCCUUGAAAAGCUUCCUCGGCUGCAAAACUUUGUCCAAUUUGAACACGGCCAACGGCUCCUCGUCAUACAUGGUCCCGGUGACCGUCGCAACCACCACAUCGGUGUUCAGCUUCACGGUGUCGCCGUCAUUCUUGACGGUGAAAUCGUACUUAUUGGACCCUUCAGUGGCCAGUGUGUUCAUAACCCCAUUGCUGGAUUUCAGCAUCUCCAGAGAGUGGUAGAUCGGGACGCCAUGGUAAUACAGCAGCCAUUGCUUAUGCUCUUUCGUCAGAUUCCUGUAUUUGGGCAUGAAAGCUUGGACCGCUUUGUCCUCCGGGCAGAACACCGUUAACCCGGCCGGAGCACUUGAGGAAAAAGAUUCAUCAAUUCCGGCGCUCUUCAACAGAUCCAAGAACGCCUUACACCCCUGUUUCCCCAGUAUGUUCGUUACAUUCACUUCGGAAGGUCCGACGGCGGGGGCCUCCGCCGCGUCGGAGAUAAUCGGGUUGGAGAUCUGGAGGACGGAGAUCUUGUACGGGUCAUCGGCGAUGGAUUUGACGUAGGUGGAGGUGAAAUGCCCGCCGUUGUCCUCCUGCGCGAACCCCACUUUUCCGCCCUUCAGGGUGGUGAUGUUGACGAAUCCGGCGGUGCCAGGGGCGUCGCCGGUGGCCUGAUAGAUGGUGGCGGUGAGGGUGGUCCCCUUGUUGAGCUGGUGGAGCUGCUUAGGCCCGAAGUAGUCGGCGAAGACGUGGAGGGAGAGGAUGUUCUUGAUGGUGGGGAGGGAGAAGUGCUUGUCGAGGAGAGAGUUCAUGCCGGCGUUGUCGACGGCGCAGACGGUGAUGGUCAUGCGGUGGUUGAUCUCACCCGCGAGGUGGGUCACGGUGAGGUAGUGGUUGAAGGUAGAGAACUCGGGGUGUUUGGCGAGGAUUUGAGUAAUGUUGAAGGCAUUGGCGGCAGAGGAGAGGAGGAAGACGGCGAGGAUGAAUAGUGAAAACGGUGCCGACAGAAGCCUCAUUUUUGGGUGUCAAUCUGAGAGAGUGAUGGGGUUAGAGAGAGUAGAGAAGCCAGCUAAGAUUUCGAGGUUUUAUACUAAAUGCAAGAGCAAUUAUG